CCCUCCGGGUCCCUGCGGUGCCUGGGUGUUUGCGUGUAUGUGCACGCGCCGAGGUUCCGAAGGAUUAGAUGUACACCCGCCGCUGAGGAGCCGGGAGGUGGGAGACACCCCGAGCUGGGCGGGCGGCGGCGGCGGCGGCGGCGGCGGCGGCGGGAGUCUGAGGAGGGGAAAGAAGGGGAGGAGGAGAAGGAGGAGGAAGGGACCGGUUCCUCCGCCUCUGCCGGCCCGCGGAGCCCGGCCGGAGCCGCGAUGGGCGCAGCGGCUCCGCGCCCCUAGCGCCGCCGCCACCUGCGUGUCCGCCCGGGGGCCCCGAGUGCCGGCCGGGGCCGCGCCGCCGCCGGCUCCCCCCCUUUUGCCGCAGCGUCGCUCGGACUGCGUUAGUCAAUUAGGAGCCUUGCCGAUUUCCUCCCGGAGCUCCGGGCUCCCUCCGGCUCCGGCUCCGACUCUGCCCGGCGCUCCGGAGGGGCGGACGCGCCGCGGGGCUGCCCGCGCCCGGGGGCUGAGCCCGAGCACUCCCCGCCACGCAGCGUCCCCUGUGGCCCCCGGGCCUGGGGCUCCCGCGGACUCCCGCACCGACCGACGGACGCCCGGACGGCUCCGCCGCUGCGCGCCGCGGGGGCUGCCCCGCGCUUCCGAGGGUGUUUCUGGCGAGGUUUUGGUGGAGUCCCUCUCCCUAGAGGGCGGGGCGGGGCGGGGCGGGGACACCCCUUCCACCCCCCUCCCCCCGGCUUGGAGACUUCGGGGCCCCGGGAGGAUUUCGCAGCCGCUCCGGCGGGGUUCGGUCCUGCGCCGUGCCAUGGAGCGCGCCACGGAGCGCAGCCGGGGCGGCCCCCGGAGAGCCCUGCGAGCCUAAGAAGCCCCCUUCGGGCCGGACUGGGAGGCUAGACCCCGGGCAGGGUCCCGGCGCGGAACUCGCGGGGACGCCCUUGGGGAGCAGCCCAACUUGCGUAGACCGACCGGACUUGGCGAUUGCCGCCGUCUCCCUCCUGAAAGCCCCGGAAUUCCCGCACUCAGACCCUUCCCGGGGAAGGGAGCGGGCGGCCUGAGCAAACUUAGCCCUUUGGGGGAGCAGUAGCACAGCGAGGCGCCGAGAGCCGGGGCCGGGCCACGCCAGCCCCCGCUGUGCGCGCUUGCGGGGCCGGUCCGGCGCAGGCAGCGGUCGGGGCGGCGGGACCGUCGGAGCAGCGUGCUCCCGGGGGACCAGAAGUUUGCCCGGGACUCCCCCCGCUCCGCGCGCCCGGGCUCCGCGCUCCGACGCCGGGGAGCCUCCUGCCCCGUCCCCUGAGCGCCCGUCCUUGAAGGGGCCGGCUAGGGCACCCUCGCCGCCGGCUCGCCAACUUGACAGCGCGGGGCUCGGGGAGGAGCUGAAGGGGGCCAGCCUGGCGUGUUUGAUGGCUUCACUGAGAAGGGUCAAAGUGCUGCUGGUGUUAAAUCUGAUCGCCGUGGCCGGCUUCGUGCUCUUCCUGGCCAAGUGUCGGCCCAUCGCCGUGAAGAGCGCGGACGUUUUCCGGGACGUCCAUCCCCGGGCAGAAGCGGCCAACUUGACCCAGCACGGCCCCAACCCCGUCCAGGAUGGGGUGCUGAAGAGGCUCUCCCUGCUGGAGGACAUCGUCUACCGGCAGCUCAAUGGCUUAUCCAAAUCCCUUGGGCUCAUCGAAGGCUAUGGUGGACGGGGCAAAGGGGGGCUCCCUGCCACCCUCUCUCCAGCUGAAGAAGAAAAGGCCAAGGGCCCCCAUGAGAAAUAUGGCUACAAUUCCUACCUUAGUGAAAAAAUUUCACUGGAUCGAUCCAUACCCGAUUACCGCCCAACCAAGUGUAAGGAGCUGAAAUAUUCCAAGGACCUGCCCCAGAUUUCCAUCAUCUUUAUCUUUGUGAACGAGGCCCUGUCGGUGAUCCUGCGGUCGGUCCACAGUGCCGUCAAUCACACGCCGGCUCACCUGCUGAAAGAGAUCAUCCUGGUGGACGACAACAGUGACGAAGAGGAGCUGAAGGCGCCUUUGGAGGAGUAUGUCCAUAAGCGCUACCCGGGGUUGGUGAAGGUGGUACGGAAUCAGAAGCGGGAAGGUCUGAUCCGGGCACGGAUCGAAGGCUGGAAGGUGGCCACCGGGCAGAUCACUGGGUUCUUCGAUGCCCACGUGGAGUUUACCGCGGGCUGGGCCGAGCCCGUCCUGUCCAGAAUCCAGGAAAAUCGGAAGAGGGUGAUCCUUCCCUCCAUCGACAAUAUCAAACAAGACAAUUUUGAAGUGCAACGGUAUGAGAACUCUGCCCAUGGCUACAGCUGGGAGCUCUGGUGUAUGUACAUCAGCCCCCCCAAGGACUGGUGGGAUGCCGGGGACCCAUCUCUUCCCAUCAGGACUCCAGCAAUGAUCGGGUGUUCAUUCGUGGUCAACCGCAAGUUCUUCGGGGAAAUAGGCCUCCUGGACCCAGGGAUGGAUGUGUACGGAGGAGAGAAUAUAGAGCUUGGAAUCAAGGUGUGGCUCUGUGGCGGCAGUAUGGAGGUCCUACCCUGCUCCCGAGUGGCCCACAUAGAGAGGAAGAAGAAGCCCUACAAUAAUAACAUUGGCUUCUACACCAAGAGAAACGCUCUGCGAGUGGCCGAGGUCUGGAUGGAUGAUUACAAGUCUCACGUGUACAUUGCCUGGAACCUGCCCCUGGAGAACCCAGGAAUAGACAUCGGGGAUGUCUCUGAAAGGAGAGCUUUAAGGAAGAGGUUGAAGUGUAAGAAUUUCCAGUGGUACCUGGACCAUGUUUAUCCUGAGAUGAGGAGAUACAAUAACACCAUCGCCUAUGGAGAGCUUCGCAACAACAAGGCCAAAGAUGUCUGUUUGGACCAAGGGCCCCAAGAAAACCACACUGCAAUCCUCUAUCCCUGCCAUGGCUGGGGACCUCAGCUCACCCGCUACACCAGGGAAGGCUUCCUGCACCUGGGUGCCCUGGGGACCACCACCCUCCUGCCGGACACCCGCUGCCUUGUGGACAACGGCAAGAGCCGCUUCCCCCAACUCCUGGACUGUGACAAGGUCAAGAGCAGCCUUCACAAACGCUGGAAUUUCAUACAGAAUGGAGCAAUCAUGAAUAAAGGGACAGGACGUUGCCUCGAAGUGGAGAGCCGGCCCAGCAUUGAUCUUAUCCUCCGUAGCUGUACAGGGCAAAGGUGGACGAUUAAAAACUUCAUAAAAUAGAGCAGGGCAAGCUGGGGAGCCUUGCCCUCCAGAACCUACUUUGGCUCCCCCGUGCUUUCUUUUAGAGAGCAUGUACUUCUUCCAGAGCCUGGGAGAGAAAACAAGGGCCACGUAGGAGCUUUGGUGGCCUUUUGGGGUUUCUGUGGGGCUACUUUAUCUCUGUGGAUGGGGAAGCUGAUGGGGUGUCCGGUGUCCCUUCCCCACCCCAAUCUGACCCCUUCUGGGAGUCUCAUCAAAGAGUGGAGCUUCUUCUGGAGGGACCCCGUUGGGAGCAGACACUCCCUGGAUGGGCGUACUCGGAGUCAUUCACUGGUACAUCUCACCCGGGAUCUAGGAAAGCAUCCUUACCCUCAGCUCUUGGAGACCUGCUGCUGUGUCUGUUGCCGGGAGGCUAAUCAUUUAAAGGAAAGAAACGGCCCUGUCACCCCCUUAUUUCUCCUCUUCUCCCCUUUCUUCUCUACC